UUCCGGCUUGCAGCUAACGCAGGCGCACAGAGUGCUCCAAUAUGGCGGCCCCCGUGGAUCUGGAGUUGAAGAAGGCCUUCACAGAGCUUCAAGCCAAAGUUAUUGAUACUCAGCAGAAGGUGAAGCUUGCAGACCUACAGAUUGAACAGCUAAACAGAACGAAAAAGCAUGCGCACCUCACAGACACAGAGAUUAUGACGCUGGUAGAUGAGACUAACAUGUACGAAGGCGUCGGGAGGAUGUUUAUUCUACAAUCCAAGGAAGUAAUUCACAACCAGCUGUUAGAAAAACAGAAAGUAGCAGAAGAAAAAAUUAAAGAACUGGAGCAGAAAAAGUCCUACCUGGAGCGGAGUGUUAAGGAAGCCGAGGACAACAUCCGAGAGAUGCUGAUGGCACGGAGGGCACAGUAGGAGCCACUGGCAGUGUCCUCUCCUCCUGACCCCUGCUAGCCUGCCAAGGCAGGGGCUCUGCGGGGUUCGGCCCCACGGUCUCUCCAACACCUUGAGCCCCCUUCAGGCCCCACCUGAAUGUUGGCACCCCUGCCCAGGACACUGUUCUCCAGGGGGCAAGCCAGGAGCUCUCAACAGAGGGAAGUCUGGAGGGCAGAUGGAGACGGCUGCCCGAGCCUGUCAGCAGGCAUGUGGGUUAGACCAAUAAAAGGCUGCGUCUUGCUCUGUGACAUCUGCUUUUCUCCAGCUGAGGGAGAGAGUAAGUGUCUUCCUCAGCUCUUAUCCCUUUCCUCUUCUGGUCCUUACAGGUAGCUCACGGGCCUCUAUGUAGGGCACAGGAGGAAGAAGGGAGUUGACAGGUGAACAGAGCCACAGCUGGCCUCAAGAUUUCUCCCUUGUUUUCUCCCCAAAUUCCCAAACCAAGUAGCAUCUCCAAGGCUCUCUCUUGUCUGGCCAUGGUGGGCCAGUGGUCCUGCUUUCUAGCACCCCCAAAGGGGGCAGUGGUUUUGGGGAGAUGGCUCACACAUUCUCGGGACAGCUCAUUCAUUUUGUUUAGCUUUCAGGAAUUUUAUUGUACGUCAGUUAAACACAACUAUUACUGAAAACUAGGUGUAGACUUAAGUCAACAUUUAGAAUCCAUCCCUUCCUGUUGCUCUACACUUGGCCACUGCAGGGAUUCAAGAUCAGUUGCUGAGUCCAGGCAGGGUGUUAAACUGUUCGGUGGUGGGCUUUGUGCCUCAGUAAAUUGGGGGUAUUGAUGUGGUGUAUAGUGAUGUAAAAUUGUGGGUUGUUUCUCGGAGAUAUGAUCUCAUCUAGCCCAGGCUAGCUCAUACUCACUGUUUAGCCAAAGGUAACUUUCACUGGAAGCACAUCUCCCC